AUGGCUGGCGAUAAGGAAACACUACUCAGCAUGGGCUUCGACCCAGCCCGUGUCGACUGGGCACUGAGAGCGACCAGCAAUCGCGGUUUGCAGCCUGCCAUGGACCAUAUUCUGGAGAACGAAGGAAAGCCUGUUCCAGAUCCGAGCGCUGCUGCUCCUACGAGUGCAUCAGGCAGUGCGGAGCAGCCUACUAUGGAGGUCGAUGUCGAUGAUGAGGAUGAAGAUGCCCUACGGCGCUUGAUGGGGACUAAAGCUGGUGCAUCGAGCACAGCUGAAGAGGCGGAGGCCAAGAGUAUCAAAUGCUCAGAAUGCGGUAAAGUAUUUAAGAAUACGGCGCUGGCCAAUUACCAUGCCGAGAAGAGCGGUCAUGAUCAGUUCGAGGAGUCUACCGAAGAGAUAAAGCCACUUACGGAGGAAGAGAGGCAGCAGAAGUUGGCUGACCUGCGACAAAAAAUAGCUGCAAAGCGAUGGCAAGCACUUGCGAAUGAAGCUAUUCGUCGUAAGUCUGGUAAGGACAUCGGCAAACUCAAAGAUGAGAUGAAGGCCAAGGAACUCGUGAAAGAAGCUGAGCAGAAGCGUAGAGAGAAGCUUGAGGAUGCCAAAGCCAAGGCCGCAGUAAAGGCCCAGAUUGAGGCUGAUAAGAAAGCUCGCGCCGAAAAGGCUGCAAGGGAGAAAGCUUUACGUGAAGGCCAGGUCAUCGUUGACGCAGCAGCCAGUGCGUCAACCGCUCCGUCGGCGACAGCGUCCUCGUCCAGCGGUACAACCGGAAAGGACUUCAAAGACACCCGUCUCCAAAUCCGUAUGGCAACUGGGGGAGCCCCUUACACGACUACCCUGCCGAGUGACGCAACGUUACGUGAAGUCGCUGAAUUUUUGGCUGCCCAAACUCUCUCUGUCGACGUGGAGACAGUCACCUUUGCCCAGCAUUUCCCCAGGAAAACUUUCUCGCGCGAACACUUUAGCAAAACGCUGAGAGAACUUGGCUUGACGCCGUCAGCGGUCCUCAUUGCGUCUUAA